AUGGAUUGCAACCAAGAUGAGGCCCUCAGGGCGAAGGAGACAGCUGAGAGGAAGUUCAUAGCCAAGGACAUUGAAGGAGCCAAAAGAUUCGCAUUGAAAGCCAAGAGCCUUAACCCCAGGUUAGAUGGCAUCUCCCAGAUGAUAGCCACCCUGGAUGUUCAUCUCUCUUCCACUACGGUGGUCAACGGGGAGAAGGACUGGUACUCGAUCCUGGGCAUCAAGCCGUCGGCUAAUGAGGAGAUGGUGAAGAGGCGAUACAGGAAGUUUGCUCUGAUGCUUCACCCUGACAAGAACAAGUCCAUCGGCGCCGAAGGCGCCUUCAAGCUUAUCUCCGAGGCUUGGAGCAUCUUGUCUGACAGAACCAGGAGAAUGGCGUAUGAUGAGAAGAGAAGCAUCAAGGAGAAGCAGCGCAAGGUCCCCCAGCCCAAGAGGGACCCUCCCUUCUCGUACCCUGACAAUGGGCUCUAUCACUUUGAUGGUGGUGGAGCCUCUGGCGUGAGGACCCAGAAGAAUUCUUCUUCUCAUCUGGGGACCCCUGCAGUUCCCCACACCAACACGUUCUGGACCUCAUGCAAGCUGUGCAGAAUGCAGUACGAGUAUCUUCGGGUCUAUCUGAAUCACACUCUUCUCUGCCCCAACUGUCACGAGCCCUUUCUGGCGGCUGAGAUCCCCUUUCCUUCUAACAGCGUCAAGUCUUCUGUUCCCUGGCCCACGGAGCAGUGCCAUCAGAAUCCGAGAAGAAGGCAUGGAGCCAAGAACGCCCAUGGCCCUCGAGAAGAAGGCAAAAGACCCUCUGGAUCCCAGCGAGGAUCUGUCUCUAAUUCACAUGACAAUCAGGACUUUCAGUGGGCUGCCUCUUCUGGUGCAGCGGGCACAGCAGCGUCGUUUCAGACGUCAGAGGAAGUGAGGAGGGAGCUCAAGGAGGGAGAAGCACCUGGAGCAAAGAGAGCAGAGGGGCCGCAUAGGAAGGGGCAGAGCAGGCCUGCCAAGAGAAGGAGCGUUGAUAGUGACAGUGGAAAUGGUUUCACGGUGGACGAGUCCCAGAGGAAACCGGCGGCCUGGGGCGGUGCCGGUGCCAAUGCUUCUGAGACGGAGGGCGGUGGCAAUGGCUUUGUGGGAGAUCCAAGGAGAGGCAGGCAGGCUUCCAGGAGAAGCGGGGCCUCGGGGAAGGAGUUCCCACAGGUGGAUAUCAGAAGCAUGCUGAUUCAGAGGGCGAAGCUGGCGGUCAAGCUGAGGUUGCAAGAGUGGAAUUCGGCGGAAGUGGAAGCGAGGAAGCAGAAGCAGAAGCAGAGAGGAAGGAAUGAUGGGAGAGAAGCCGCCAUGGGGAUCUCUGAUGACCCCAUUUUAGAUAAGGUCAAUGGGGACCAGGUUCUUGACACGAUGGCUGGCUCUGAUAACCCAGAUGAAGAAGAUGACGCCCAUAGACCCAUAACAUUAACUGUUCCAGACCCAGACUUCCAUGACUUUGACGUGGAUCGCUCAGAGAGGUCCUUCGGGGCAGACCAGGUUUGGGCCACCUACGACGAUGAAGAUGGGAUGCCCCGACUCUAUGUGAUGGUCCAGAGGGUCCUUUCCUUUAAGCCGUUCAACAUCCAGCUGAGCUUCCUCAACUCCAAGAGCACCUCUGAGUUUGGUCAACUCAACUGGAUCGGCUCGGGCUUCAGGAAGACCUGCGGGGACUUCAGAGUGGGCCGGUACGAGCCCCGCGACACGGUUAACAUUUUCUCCCACAGAGUGAGAUGGGAGAAGGGCCCACGGGGAGCUAUCCGGAUCCUUCCCCAGAAGGGCGAUGUCUGGGCCAUUUAUAGUAACUGGUCUCCAGACUGGAGCGAGCUUACCCCCGAUGAGGUCCUGUACAAGUACGACAUGGUGGAGGUGGUGGAGAAUUACUCAGAGGAAGGCCUCCGGGUUUACCCGCUGGAGAAGGUCCACGGAUUCAAGGCGGUCUUCCGCCGCCGCCUUUGCCAGGAUUCCAUCAGGAGGAUCCCCAGAGAGGAGAUGUUCUGCCUGUCGCACCAGGUUCCUUAUCAUUUGCUCACCGGCAGAGAAGCAGAAGAUGCCCCCAAGGGCUGCUACGAGCUGGACCCGGCGGCUAUUCCUCUUGAUCUUUUCCUGCCGAGCUCGGAGGCAGCGGCGGAGACGGUGAAGACGGUGAAGCCCCAAGAACAGGCUUCUGUUACUUGA